CCUCAAAUAUCUAGAGUAUGAUUAAUCAUGACCACGCAUAGCACCAUCGUUCCCCCAAAACUCCAACCAGGCGACACCGUUGCCUUCGUCUCUCCAUCCGAACGGCUCAACCACUUGUGGGCCUCACCCCUCUCCCGCGCCGCGUUAUGGCUUGAGUCGCUCGGCUUGAAAGUGAAGACUUUCUACGCCCCAUCCUCAGAUACCGAAGAGACUUUCGCCACUGCGAUCACAAACCGCGUCAACGAGCUUCAUGCCGCCUUCUCCGACCCCAGCAUCAAGGCCAUCGUUUGUACGGUCGGCGGAACCAAAGCCAACCAGAUUUUGCGCCACCUCGACUACGCUCUGAUAUCCGCAAAUCCCAAGAUUCUCGUCGGCAACAGUGAUAUCACGAACCUCCACUACGCGCUGUACACGCAAGCACACUUGCGUACAUUCUAUGGCCCAGCCGCGAUCUCCGAGCUUAGUGACUUCCCCACGCCAAUUUCGUUCACGGCCGAGCAUUUCACGAAUGUGCUUCUCAGUCCUUCCGAUAUUGCUGUUGGAAAGCUGCCCCGCUCUACCCACUGGGCACCGAAAUUGUUCCACGAAGCCUGCCCCGACGAGCGAACUGACCGCCCGCGUGACCUAGAGUCCUCGCCGCCAUGGACGUGGGUCAGGCCCGGUGCCGCCCGUGGCCCUAUCUUAGGCGGGUGCUUGCCCAUUGUAGUACGUCUGGCGGGCACGCCGUACUUCCCAUCCCACCGCGGUAGCAUUCUGCUACUCGAAACACCUAUGGCUGAGAGCUCGCUAACGCGUCCCCUCCCCAUCGCACGUGCGCGGGCCGCGAUGGUCGAUCUUUUGAAUGCUGGGGUCUUGGAAGAUGCCGUGGGUUUGGUUGUUGGGAGGCCGUUCGGGUAUGAUGCAGAUAUGCGAGAGGCCUUUCGAACGAUGAUCGGGGAGGUGUGUGACCAGGUAAAGAGCCGGGUAGGGGAGUUCCCGAUUCUCUGCGAUGUGGAUGUCGGUCAUACGAGCCCGGUUUUGACGGUACCGUUGGGGGCGCUUGCUGAGUUGGAUUCUGGAAAAGAUGAGUGGAAGGUGGUUGAGGCUGGAGUUAGUUGAUGCACCUGAAUCACACGGUCCAAAGGGUGCAUGCAUUUCAGGAAAGCGUGAGUAAGACGGGCUAGCUCGAACAGAGUCAUCGCCGUGGAUAGAUGUUCAGGAAAAGUUAGCUCCAAACUCUGCUCUUCAGGUAUUGUAUCUGCUCUUCAGUGAUGUGAGUAGCUUGUGGUACCCCGGCAGCCGUAAUAGAGCUAGAAAAGGAUUUACAACUUCUUCAUCCAGUUCACGGUCUUCAAAUCUUUACAUCCACUCUCAAAAGAUUAGUCUACGUUAGGACACCUCUAAAAUAUCACAACGAGCGCGAGAGUGAUGACCGAACUGGGUUAGUUUAGCAUCUC